AUGGUCGACCCCUCGCUUUUGAUCCGGAAUGUCUGGAGCGACAACUUGGAGUGGGAAAUGGAGGCCAUUCGGAACACCGUCGGAAUUUACAACUACAUCUCCAUGGAUACUGAAUUCCCUGGGAUCGUCGCCCGUCCUCUUUAUCCAACAAAAUGUGUUGCAGAUAUCUCCUAUCAGACUCUCAAAUGCAACGUCGACAUUCUCAAUCUUAUCCAGCUUGGGCUCACAUUUACUGACGAAAAUGGGAGAUACCCCACAAACGGGCCAUGCACAUGGCAGUUUCACUUUAAAUUCAAUCUGACGGAAGACAUGUACUCCCAAGAGUCAAUUGAGCUCCUCACAAAGUCUGGCAUCGAUUUUCAGAAGCACGAAAUAAGCGGGAUCAGCAUCGAAGAUUUUGGCGCCCUUUUAACAUCUUCUGGCGUCAUUAUGAGCGACAAUGUGCGCUGGAUCUCCUUCCACUCUGGCUAUGAUUUCGGAUAUUUAUUGAAGAUUCUGAUUUGUACCCCACUGCCUCAUACGGAAGCACAAUUUUUCACGCUUUUGAAAACGUUCUUCCCUAUCAUUUACGAUGUAAAACACUUGAUGAAGAGUUGUAAAAACCUAAAAGGCGGUCUCCAAGAUGUCGCCGACUCCCUGGGCGUCAUGAGAAUAGGGCCGCAGCACCAGGCCGGAAGUGACUCUUUAUUAACAGCGACUACCUUUUUCCAAAUGAGAAGGAUCUUUUUUGACGACAAAAUAGACGAUGCCAAGUAUGCUGGCCAGCUCUUUGGUCUGACCUCGUAUACGAUCCCAGCAACCAAUCCUGCCGAUAGCUUAUUGUUGCUGCCUCAUGUUUCGUCUUCAGAGCAGACAUUCUCCAGCCAAUCAAAGCGAGAGGCAGUGGUUUAG